AUGGUAACUGACAAAGCCACUGAGAGUUUUGUUCAACCAACGAUUCCACGGUUUGAUGGUCACUACGACCAUUGGAGCAUGCUAAUGGAGAAUUUCCUCAAGUCAUAUGAGUACUGGAAUCUUGUGGAAUCAGGGAUUGAUGCCCCAGCAGAGGGAGUUGUGUUAACUGAACAACAAAAAAGGGUUGCUGGACAAAAGCUGAAUGACUUGAAGAAGAAAUAUGAAGGGUCAGAAAGGGUGAAGCGUGUAGUGCUUCAAACUCUAACAAGGGACUUUGAAACUCUACAAAUGAAAUCAGGUGAGUCCAUCACUGAUUUCUUUGCUAGAACUCUGGGAAUAGCAAGCAAGAUGAGAUCCAAUGGUGGCACCCUGGAAGAAGUCAAAGUUGUGGAGAAUAUUAUGAGAUCAUUGACUCCAACAUUUGACUACAUUGUCUAUUCAAUUGAAGAGGCAAAGGAUGUUGCUGAGUUACGAGUUGAUGAACUACAAAGCUCUUUUAAUCAAGUUCUCGAGGAGGAAGAGGUCGUGGAAAAGGUGGAUGAAGUAGAAGAAGAGGUGGUCAAGGCCAUCGGGGUGGUGGACAAUCUGGAUAUCGAGAUGAUAACAAGUCACCUCGUAUUUUCAAAAAAGAUGCCGACUCUGAAGAAAAAUGAGCACCACUUUAAUAAGUCAAAAGUGGAGUGUUAUAGGAGUGGACAAUUUGGCCACUACAAGAAUGAGUGCUACAUGAAGUUACCAAAUGAAAAAGGAGAAAAGUCAAACUUUGUGGAGAAAAAGGAGGAAGAGACACUUUUGAUUGCUUUUCAUGCAUUGAUAGAGACUAAUCAAGAGACAUGGUAUGUGGACACGGGUUGCAGCAAUCACAUGAGUAGAUUGACAAAGAAGAUAGUGGUAAGUAAGGAUGUAAUAUUUGAUGAAGACACCAUGUGGAAUUGGUCUGAGAACAUAUCGGCUCAACAAAAAAUUCCAGUUGAUGAUGAUUCAGACAAGGAAGAUGUUGCAACUCUUGAAACUCAAGCCCAACAUCCAUCUCAACCUGAAGUUCAGUCAUCUCAACAAUCUUAA